GAGAAGCUAGAAAAACUGUUCUGACUAAGCCAAGUGACUCUUCACCUGAAGUUAUAAACUAUUUGGGUAACAAAGCAUGUGAAUGUUACAUUUCCAUUGCUGACUGGUCUGCUGUUCAGGAGUGGCAAAACAUGGUCCAUGACUUGAAGAAAAGCAAUAGUAAUACCUCAAUCAAUCUGAAAGCAGAUUUUAACUAUAUAAAAUCUUUGAGCAGCUUUGAGUCUGGACAACUCACUGAAUGCACGGAACAACUAGAAUUAUUACCAGGAGAAAAUAUCAACCUACUUGCAGGGGGAUCUAAGGAAAAAAUAGACAUGAAGAAGCUCCUUCCUAAUAUGCUAAGUCCUGAUCCAAGAGAACUUCAAAAAGCGGUUGAAGUACAGCUUUUGAGAAGUUCAGUAUGUCUGGCAACAGCUGUAAACCACAUAGAACAGGAGCAAAAGUGGCAGUCGAUAUCCGAGAAUGUUAUAAAGUACUUAAAGCAAACAUCACGAAUCGCUAUUGGACCUUUAAGACUUUCCACACUCACUGUGUCUCAGUCUUUACCAGUGUUGAGCACUCUUCAGUUGUAUUGUUCUUCUGCUUUGGAAAACACUGUAUCCAACAGGCUGACAUCAGAGGACUGUCUUAUACCUCUCUUCAAUGAUGCUUUGAGGUCAUGCAAACAGCACGAUGUGAGGCCCUGGAUGCACGCGCUGAGGUACACAGUGUACCAGAAUCAAUUGAUGGAAAAACUUAAAGAACCAACAGUCCCAAUUAAAAGCCAUCUCAUGGAGCUAGGCUUAACAGCAGCAAAAUUUGCACGGAAGCGAGGAAAUAUUGCCCUAGCUACGCGGCUGCUCGCCCAGUGCAGUGAAGUUCAGCUAGGAAAAACCACCACUGCACAAGAUUUAGUCCAGCACUUCAAAAAAUUGUCUGCACAAGGUCAGAUAGAUGAGAAAUGGGGUCCUGAACUUGAUAUUGAGAAAACAAAAUUGUUAUACACAGCAGGUCAGUCAACACAUGCCAUGGAAAUGCUGAGUUCCUGUGCCAUAUCCUUUUGCAAAUCUGCCAAAGCUGAAUAUGCAGUUGCUAAAUCUAUUCUCACACUGGCUAAGUGGAUUCAAGCAGAAUGGAAAGAGAUUUCAGGACAGUUGAAACAAGUAUAUAGAGCUCGACAGCAGCAGAAUCACACUGGCCUGUCUACGUUGUCUAAAAACAUAUAUAAUUUGAUUGAUCUCUCAGCUGUUAAUACACUAGAAGAAGAAUAUCCUAGGAUUGAAAGUGAAUCUACAGUAAAUAUUGGAGUUGGAGAACCUGACUUCAUCUUGGGACAGUUGUAUCACUUGUCUUCGGUACAGGCACCUGAAGUAGCCAAGUCUUGGGCAGCCCUGGCCAGUUGGGCUUAUAGAUGGGGCCGGAAAGUAGUUGAUAAUGCCAGUCAGGGAGAAGGUGUUCGCCUGCUGCCCCAGGAAAAAUCUGAGGUUCAGAACUUGCUUCCAGACAACAUUGCAGAGGAAGAUCAGGAAAAAAUCUAUGGAAUUCUUGGGCAGGCGGUGUGUCGUCCAGCUGGGAUUCAAGAUGAAGAUAUGACUCUACAAAUCACUGAAAAUGAGGACAAUGAAGAAGAUGAUAUGGUGGAUGUUAUAUGGCGUCAGUUAUUAACAAGUUGUCCCUGGCUUUCAGAUCUUGAUGAAAAUGCAACAGAAGGGUUAAUUAAAGUGUGGAGGAAAGUUGUAGACAGAAUCUUCAGUCUCUAUAAGCUCUCCUGCAGCGCAUAUUUUACUUUCCUCAAACUCAAUGCUGGUCAGGUUUCACUUGAUGAAGAUGAUCCCAGGCUGCACUUAAGAAAUACUUCUGAGCAAAGCACUGACGAUGUUAUUGUGAUGGCAACCCUAAGACUGUUACGAUUGCUUGUGAAACAUGCUGGAGAACUUAGACAGUAUCUAGAGCAUGGGCUAGAAACUACACCUACUGCUCCUUGGAGAGGUAUUAUUCCUCAGCUUUUCUCCCGCCUGAAUCACCCAGAAGUGUAUGUUCGUCAGAGUAUUUGCAACUUAUUGUGCCGAGUGGCUCAAGAUUCUCCUCAUCUCAUACUAUAUCCUGCAAUAGUGGGUACCAUUUCGCUUAGUAGUGAAUCCCAGACUUCAGGGAACAAGCUGCCUUCUGCCAUCCCUACUUUGCUAGGUAAUAUUCAAGGAGAAGAACUGUUGGGUGGUGAAUGUGAUGGGGGAAGCCCCUCAACUUCUCAAGAAAGUAGUAAAGAUGACAUGAAAGUUGGAUUAAAUGAAGAUCAAGCAAUGAUGCAAGAUUGUUACAGCAAAAUUGUGGAGAAACUCUCUGCUGCAAAUCCGACAAUGGUAUUGCAGGUUCAAAUGCUAGUGGCUGAGCUGCGUAGAGUUACAGUUCUUUGGGAUGAACUUUGGUUGGGAGUUUUACUGCAACAGCACAUGUAUGUCCUUAGAAGGAUCCAACAACUGGAAGAUGAAGUCAAGAGGGUCCAAAACAACAACACACUACGGAA